UCGGGGGGCGGGCCAGUAAUAUACCAAACCCAGGCCGCGAAACAAACCAUCGCCUCCCUCCCUCUCCCUCGCACUCGCAGUAGCGUUGCCUUCUCUCUCGCGACCGGUUCGCCAGCCAAGCCAGCCUGCUCCUCCGUCCGCCUCCUCUCCAGCCGCAGCGACAUGACCGGCGCUCCGUCGCCGCCGUCGGGGCGACCGGUGCAGGAGGAUGGGGAUGGGGAUCGGCAGCGGAGUUCGCAGCGCCCCUUCGGCGCUGUCCUGAUCACGGUCCCGGACGGCCCGGGCUCGGCCUUGCCUGCUUCAUCCGGGAACGGCCUGCGGGCCGCGCUCUUGGACCACGCCGGCGCCGUCGGCUCAGACGAGGAGCGGCCACGGCCGCGGGGGCAGUCGUUCACGCUGUGGCGCGCGACGGUGGCGGUGCUGGCGCUCGCGGCGCUGGCCGCGGCGGGGUACGUCUGCCUGUACACGGACGGGGACGCCGCCGGCGCGGCGUGGCGGCUCCUGGGGGCGAGCGAGGAGGAGGAGGAGGGAGAGGACCGGGGAGGACGCAAGUCCUUCCUGCUGCCGCUGUACCCGAAGCCGCACCGCGGCGGCGGGGAGGCCAGGAAGCGGGCCAGCGGCGGCGCGGCGGAGAAUCUGACGGCCGCGGCGUUCCCGUCCACCGGCAAUGUGUUCUCGACCGGGCUAUACUACACGACUGUGUCAAUUGGCAAUCCUCCAAGGGGUUAUUUUGUUGAUGUUGAUACUGGCAGCGACAUAACAUGGAUCCAGUGCGACACGCCAUCCAGAAGCUGUGCAAAGGGAGCUCAUUCUCCAUAUAGGCCCGCACAAGCCAACAUAGUUCCUGCCAGUGAUCCACUUUGUGAACGAGUUCAACGCGACCCAAAUCAGUGCAACUACGAUAUCAACUAUGCUGACAGAAGCUCCUCUAUGGGCGUUUAUGUGAGGGAUAAUAUGCAACUCAUCAGUGAAGACGGUGAAAGGGAAAAUCUAGACAUCGUGUUUGGGUGUGGAUAUGAUCAGAGAGGAAACAUUUUGGACACACUAGAAAAUACUGAUGGAGUGCUAGGCCUGGGCAGCCGGGAAAUAAGCCUUCCUACACAGCUAGCCAGCCGAGGGAUUAUUUCCAAUGUUUUCGGUCACUGUAUGACGACAGAUCCCAGUAGUGGUGGUUAUUUGUUUCUUGGUGAUGAUUACAUUCCUAGAUGGGGAAUGACAUGGGUUCCUGUCCGAAAUGGUCCAGCAGAUAAUGUACGCAGAGCCCAACUCCAGCAAGUAAACCACGGGGAUCAGCAGCUCAAUGUGCAGGGGAAGUUGACUCAAGUGAUCUUUGACAGUGGGUCCACACAUACAUAUUUCCCACACGAAGUGUAUUUAAACCUGAUUGCUGCGCUGAAUGGUGCAUCUCCGAGAUUUGUACACGAUGACUCAGAUAAAACGCUGCCUUUCUGUAUGAAAGCUGAUUUUUCAGUGAGGUCUGUGGAUGAUGUGAAACAUUUUUUCAAGCCCUUGAGUCUGCAAUUCAAGAAACAAUUUUUCUUCUCCAGAACUUUCAACAUUCGUCCUGAAGAUUACUUGAUCGUCAGUGAUAAGGGCAAUGUCUGCCUGGGGGUGCUCGAUGGGACAGCGAUCGGUUAUGAUUCAGUUAUAAUAGUUGGAGAUGUUUCUCUUCGUGGAAAGUUGAUUGCCUAUGACAAUGAUGAGAAUCAGCUAGGAUGGAUUGAUUCAGACUGCACCGACCCAAGCGAACAAAGCAGAAUUCCUUUCUUCCUGAGGAAAGUAUUGCACAACCAACUUUUGUAAACAUUACACACAUACUACCUGAGAUCGUCUGACCGCGCCUGUUCUUAUGGACGUGCAAUUCUGCGUCCAAAUUCUGAUGUAAUCGUGUGAAGGAAUGUAAUUACUAGAUAGGGAAAAUGAUUAUGAGAUAGGGAGAAAGAGAAAGGAAAGGUAGAUAAAGCAUAGCUAGCAUCAUGUACUUCAUAUUUUUGCUCGGUCUGUAUAUAGUCGAAAGAAGCAGAAGCCUGUAUUCUAUGUAUGUUGUAAGGUAUAUCUCACUCACGUUGUGUAAGACUAAAGUGGUGAAGCAUAUCAAGGAAUAAUCGACAGCAGUUUAGACA